CUGAACACUUAAAGGAUUAUAUCUCAUGAGAUUACUUCAACAAAAAGAAAGACUUUAUCAAGGAAGUGGAAUUGUGUCGAGGCCUUUUUCUCCAGUCAGCAUAGUUCUCGAUUGUUCUUUCAAACCCUCCUGUCAUCAAUUCAUCACGUGGCAGAAAACUGAAAACCCGGCCCACGUAUGUUUUGACAAGACAGCGGUGAGGCCGUGAGUCAGUAUUGUAGUCGGCGAUUCCAUCGUCAUUAGAAGUCCCCUUUCACAAGCACUACGGUAAGAUGGCAGCGAGGAAAUUCGUUGGACUUCUUAUAAUAAUUUCGUGUAUAACAAUAGGAUCUUGUCUGCAGUGUUACAGUUGCGUUCGCGAAGACAAAUCAGACGCUGGAGAAUUCUGCAAGUUUCCAUCAUCAUCUGAACUGGGAGAGAACACUAUUGUCAACUGCAGUGAGGGUCAGAAUCGGUGCAUGAUCAAAAAAAUGACUCAAGAUAAUAACGAAGUUACGAUUUUUAAGCGAGAAUGCGCCAAAGAAGGAGAUUGUUCGAACAGUUGCACAGAUCCAGAUGAACAGAUGAAAGAUGUUGUAUGCGACUCCUGCUGUGAAGAGGACCUCUGCAACAAAGGAGAAGGACCGGUACCUGAGGCGGCCAAAAAGUCAGGAGCAUCGCGGAUAGCAGUGAUCAGGGGCCUAUACACUAUCGCGGGCUCCCUUUCGUGGUUCCUUUGGUAACUUUGUCGUGACCGCUGCCGUUUAAAGUACAUUUAGUCUGCUCAUGUGUUUGUUUAUCUUCAUGAUGUGGAUUUUACCAAUUUAUAAGCGUAUGUCGGUUCAAUUAGCUCUGUAUUAUUAGUAGAUGUAAUUUUUGUGAUUGUGUGAGUUAACAGAAUAGUGGGAGAAAAUAGUGGUAGAUCAGCAAAACAUCCCAUCUGCUCUCACAAAAAGGACCCUACUCUUCUUGAUCAUAGACAUCCAGUUAACAUGAAUGAUUUGUAUGCUUGGUUAAUCAAGAGCAGCACUAUAGAAUAAUAAAACACACCUAUCAGUGUCUGUUGACGAGUUUUGCCAUACUAAGCAACUUUUUGGGGGGGAGGGGGGUGGGAAGGAUCGAAAAAGAUACAACAAAAAAAAAGAGCGUGACACAAAUGAUUUCUGGGAAAACCGGUUUAGACCGGUCGAGCGAGCACGAGGCGAGUGGAGAAAAGUGUAGAUGUAGACAGGAGAGGGCCAAGCGAAUAAACACGUUGUAAAAUA